AUUCCUUGUAUAAGUUUUGACUAUUAUUAUACUAGAUAUAACAGAGAGAAACAAAAAUGGGUGACGGUCAACCACUAUCAGUUGUCAUUGGAGUUGAAAGUUGUGACCUUUUAACUUUCGUGAUGACAUCAUGCAACAUAAUUUAGUCAUGCCCUUUUGGGCGUUAUUAUCCUUGAGCAUAUUUAUGUGGGACCUGCUACGUCUUGUUGUCUAUGCGAGGCUAUAAUGUUUGGGGAAUUUACCAGCUUUGGUUUGGAGUAUUCGAAAAGAGAAUUUUUUAUAUUUCUUGAAAUGAAUUUGAAGAUAUCUUAGUGCACAAUUUUUCCAGUUCACAUUUCUUAUCUUUAUAGCGUCCAUAGGUAUGUAAGAUUUAUUAGAGAUGUUGAGUUUUGAUAACAAGGUUUGUUAGAGCUUUCAAGCCCUGAUAUCAGCUUCUUUCUCGUGAAACUGUGCACAAAUGUGGAGGUGUUAAUUUUAUCGCAUGCCCUUCUGUUUAUAAGGUCCAUUGUUUUCCCCAAUCAUGGACAUGUUUAGUUUGUAGUGGAUUGUUGCCUUUAUGAGAGGCCAGAACCUUGAUGAUGUUUGAAAAAAUAUGGGGUUAAAAAGGGGAUGACAUUCUUAAGGCUUAAGCUGUCCUUGCCUGGAACUGUUGGAAUGGGCUAUGGCUCUCUAGUAUGUUACGCCUAAUUAAUGCUUUAAACAUGGUCCAAAAACGGCCUUUUGAUGAAGAUGAGUCAAAUCAGGUUUCAUCUAAACAACCAAGGCAAAUGGAACACAAUAGUCAGCUUGUUUCAGCUUUAGAAUUUCCUCCUGAACCUGUGGUCCAGAGUUGUCAUACUUCAGGUGAAGGUGACAACGGUUCCACAAAAACCAGGGCAGAUGGCAAUGAGAAGCUUGAUAUUGCUUAUAUUACUGAACUUCAAUUCUGCAGCAAGAAAGAUGUGGAAACCAGUGUCCGUGGUUCCCUCCCCAGCUCUUCCCUGUUUCCUGGAAGUAUCAGUGAAGAAGAUAUCAGACCAGAAACACAAUUUCAUAUAAUAUUGUCUCCUGAUCAUGUUAUUGAGCGUCAACCAAGGACCAUAGCCUACCCUGGGGAAAUAUACUCUCUUCUUUUGGAUCAUCCUCCUCGGAAACUUGUCCCUGUUGGACAAUAUCAUCAAGCUGAUAUACCGGAAUGGGGUUCACAUUUUUGCAAGACACCCAGUUGCUCAGAACAGACGGAAGAAGCUCCAAAUCUUGUUUCUCAAGUUCUGGAAACCGACGAGGAGAGAUUAGCCGGAACUUGUGUUGUUCCAAUGUCAGAUUCAGACCAACUUGCAGACAAUGGGGAGGUCGGGGUUGGAAGAACAGAUUGUAUUUGUGAAGAUGAGGGUUCCAUAAGAUGUUUUCAACAACACAUCAUGGAAGCUAGAGAGAAACUUGAGGGAACCUUUGGACCUGAGACUUUUGCUGAGUUGGGUUUAUGUGAUGUAGGAGAGAUAGUGGCGGAGAAAUGGAGUGAAGAGGAAGAGAAAUUGUUUCACCAGGUUAUAUUUUCUAAUCCCACAUCAUUGGGAAAGAACUACUGGAAUCAUCUUGCUGUUGUAUUUCCUUCCCGGUCAAAGAAGGAAAUUGUCGGCUACUAUUUCAAUGUAUUUAUGCUACGAAGACGAGCCGAGCAGAAUAGGUUUGCCCCAUUAAAUAUUGAUAGCGAUGAUGAUGAAUGGGUGGGAACUGAAGAUUCUACUGAUAAUGAAGUUCAAAAUGGUGAAGAUGAAGACUCCGUGGCUGAAUCACCAAUAGUCCCUGAUCGCAACGAAAUCUUAGAUAUAAAUACUCGUGCAUAUGAUGAGGAAGUUUUGCAGAGUGCUCCUGUGGACGCUAGAGUUUUGGAUUUUCGUGGUGAUAAUAUCAAUGUGCCAGAGUCAAGUACUUGUAAGUUAGACGUCAAAUGUAGUUUGGAUCCUACUGUUCAGCCAUCACAUGGAAAUCAUUCUCACAAUACAGGACGACUUGAUGCCCAAGAAGGUAUGUGUACGUCCAGUGAUGCCAGGGUGGGUUCACAAGUGACCAUGGAGAAAGCUGGUAGUCACAAACAAUGUCCAGGUCAAUUAAAUGGAGCAAAUGGGAUCAGUGGCCAUGAAUUCAUGAUGGAGGCCUGCAAUGCUAGAGAAUGGGAAUUUGGUUACCUCACUUGCCCAAGAAAUGAAGUUGAACUCUUACCCACAUGCAAUAUGAUUGAAGAAGUUUUUGGUGCUGGAUCUUGGGAUGGACAGGGCUUAAACUAGAAAGUAACCAGUAUCUAUUUUAAUUUUACACAGUUUUGGACAGCCUGGAGAUUUAGGAUCCUGAUCUUCCUUGUACAUUGACAGUGGAGGAAAAUGGAAUCUCAGUACAUAUAAUCGAAUAAUUUUGCGAGGUUGUUACCUAGUCAACCAAUACCUAUGAUCUGGCUAGAUAAUUGGAUUCGCGUUAUAAAUAUAUUUCGAGUAAUCGCAUGAGAGUUUAGCAGAAUUUAUCUAUUA